UGUUAUACCUUAAUUUAUUGGUGAUGUUUACAUCAUAUUAAACAAAAAGCAAAGUGUUUUAUUAUAUAUUUAAUUUUCUAAUACCAAAAUAAGGCUUAAUGUAUAAUUAUCUAACUUAUUUCAUUUUGUUUCACCUCUUGGAUCCAGUACUGUAGAGCGUAGUUUUGUUAGUGUUAUCGUGAAAUUGUUUGUUCUAACUAAUGGCUUACUCGAUCAUUUGUGAAUGGAAUGGUUUUACUAACACUGAUACUAGUAAUAAGCAGUAGUAGUACAGUAGCAAUACUGACUAAUACUAAGUAUGAACUCGGACUAGGUGUAUGACUUAAUAGUAUUACUAGUAAUAAUAAGUACUAGUAUACGUACCCUCGUUGCUAUGCAUAAUUUUAUGUUUAGGACAGUGUUGCAGUUUCUCGGUCCAAAAACCAGUAUAACUUAUAAGCAAAGCCGUAUCCAGCGCUGAAAAAGCAGGGAGGCAAACUCUCGAAUGAAUUUUAUCACAUAAAGGCCCCCCUUUUCGCAGGAAAAAUAAUUACAGCAGAACACUGCAUAUCUAUAAAAUAUUAUUUUUAAUAUAAGGUAUAAAGUAGGCCCCUUUUAAGCGGGGCCCCCGGCAGGGGGUUCGAUAGGCUGUCUCAACGAAACAGGGACUAUGUAUACACCAAUCUUUAAAUAAAACAUAAUAUACAAAGCAAUUAAAAACUGAUUGGAUCCCCGUUUUAAAUAAUACAUAAUGUACAGAGCAAUUAAAAAAAAUGAUUGGGACCCAUUUGUUUACUGAUUGGAGUUGCUUUCCUAGUUUUGUUUGUAUCCAGUGUUACAAUUUUGCUUAUAGUUAUAGGGGAAACCCAAUUUUUUUGGAAAAAGCGAGGAAGCAUUUGUUUCCUCUACCUCAGCCUGGUUACGGCGGUGAUAAGUUCCAAAUUGCGUCUUUUACUUCAUGUUUUGAUUCCAAACAAAACGUGCUAGUAAUGUAAGACAACUGAUAAUGAUAUUCUAUUCUUUGUAGAACACGAUACAUGCAUGGGAACUUUAUGUUACAAAGUUGAACCUAUAAAUAUACUGACCUGUAUAUAAUCGUGACAAAAACAACUGCCCUAUCACAAACUAUUUUAAGUAUUUAUCACUAUCACUGAUACUGUGUGAUAGUAUCACUAUCAGGAAACCAGCUAUGACAAUGAAAGGACCCAAAGCGAAAGUGGAUGGGAAGAAGACGGGAAAUAAAAAUUCUUCACCGGGCAAAGGACGAACAAGGAGUAAAAGUCCUGGUGGUAAGAAAGGAAAAGGAAGAAAAUCAAUUACAUCCAACAAGACUGUAACGCAGGUGGAUAUCUUCAGUACAGAUGCUAUGGAAAAUGCCUAUUAUACAUGUCAUAAUGUUGCUGAUUUCCUGACAAUCAGAGGAUUCCCUUGGGCUGGUACUCGAAGAAAGGGUAAAGGGAAAGGGAAAAAGAAAAGAAAAAAGAAAUGAAAUGGAUAUGUAUGGAGCUCGUUAACUGACAUAACAGUGAAGCGUUAAAAUUUUCUUAUCAUCAUGUUUCACAUAUUUUAAGUCACUUUUUUAAACAUAGUGGAAUCACAUAUGGAAUGGUGAAAAUAUGAAUGUAAUGGCUAUGACAUUUUUAUAGCUGCCACGAAAUAUGUAUGAUAUCUUAAGCACAAAACAUAUUCUGUUAGUCUGAUUACCAAGAUGGAUAUGUUAUGUAACUAUAUUUUUCACACUAGCUUUUUAACUAAUUAAAUUUGAUCAUUUUUUGUUCA